UGGCGGCUCGCUGUAGCAGCAGUAAUUAACACAUCGACUGCUAGUUGUAAACAAUUUGAGUUAAGCGCAGUAUUAACUAAUUAAACGAGAAGAUACCCGCACCUAAUUAAGGAUAGCAAGAAUACGAGUAAGGUAACAAUCUGUGUAAUCAACUGCACAAAAAUACGGCGACAAUUCAUAAUUAAAAAUUGAUUUGCGAUUAAAUGGGCACAAUGGACAAUCUGUCGGACUCAUUUCGAGGAGAAUUGGAUUCUGUAACUUCGACGGACUCUCUUCAAUUAACCACUGAUGAAUUUCAUUUACGACACCUGUCUACACCCGAUGUUUCAAACAUCGAAUUGUCUAAGCGAGUGGCUCUGUUGGAACUCGAGAACGAACGGCUACGCGUCGACCUGGAAAAUGCGCGGAUCGAUCUCAAUGCUCGGGUCGCCGCGAAUCAAGGUCUCAAAAACAAGAUAACCGAGCUGUUUGUCGAGAUGCAAACGGUACUGCGGGACAAGCAAAAGCUGCAGAACACGUUAACCGACACCAACAGUCGUCUUUCCGCGGCGGAGGCUUCCGCAAAGUGGUACCAAUCGCAAGUACAUAUUCUGAUGGCCAGUAAGAAGAGUCUACAGGUGGAAAUAGAUACGUAUCAGGGUAUAUUGAAACGACGACAGCGAGCAAUAGCGGAUAUAAACGCCAGCUAUAAGAAACUGAACCUUGAAUACACUGAACUCGUGCAACAGUAUCAAAAGGAGAAGCAGCAGAUGCAGAAUGCAAUAAAAGAUCUCCAAUUACGCAUUCAGUCUAUUGACACGAUACAGGACACAUCAGAAGGAAAUUCGACGGGAGGUAGUCCAACAGACAUAUCUAUGGUAUUGGAAACGACCGAGGACGAGUUGCGAAAUACCAGAACCGAGCUGAAGACACUGGAGCAAUGUCUGCUAAGCAACGAAAUGGCCAGAAUGUCCAUGGAAAACACGUUAAGCAAGCAACGUGUCCUUAUCGCGUCUAUGGAAGAGAGCAUACAGAAAUGCGAGACGGAGAAGAAUGAGACCGCCGAUCUGUUGCGGAAGACGCAGUUCGAGAUACAAAAGCUAAGGUCCGAGAACGAGACAUUGCAAACAUCCUUAUUGAUGUCUAAACGUGAACAGAGUCAGGUGGAGAAUGCGAUAUCUCAUUUAAGAAUACAACUGACCAAGAUGAUAGCGCAAUACAAACUAUUGAAAUCUAAGAAUGCGGAAUCCGAAGAAAAAUUGACUAAUAUGCAAGAUCUUACAAAUGAAAAUAAACGUUUGAAGACCUUAGCGCAUAAAGCAAACAGUACCUUGCUUAAAAAACUCAGAGAAGAAAAGAGUAAGAUAAAAACUUUAGAGCAAAGACUCCACUGCAAACAGAUGAAUAAUCAAUUUAAUGAUAUGAGAAACAAAACGGAACAUUCUUUGCGAGAAUGUCUGAAACAAGCUCUGUUACGAAACAAGGAUUUACAGGAGCAAUUGAAAUCUAUGACUAGAAUAACCGACGAAAGUAUCGAUGAAGGAUACGGUGAUAGUAACAGUAUUAAUGCCUCCUCGAUUUCACUAAACAUUCCGUCGUCGUCUCUCAUGAACUCAGUAUUGUUAAAAAACGCUGUCGACGUUCUCGCACGAAGUAAAGAUUUUGCGAUGCCGAUGCAAGAAGAAUUGAACGCGCUUCGAUUGAAGAUGGAGAGAUUCCGGGAUCAAUGUGACAUGUUAAACCAACAAAACGAUUUUCAUUCCAAUAUCGACAAUGUGAUUCUUCCAAGAGAUUCCAUAUAGUUCAAGAUCUAUUUUUUGUUCGCGAAUAUGCGAAUAAAAUAUAGCCUUAGAAAGAGAGAGAGAGAGAGGGAGAAAGAAAGAGAGAGAGCGAGAGAAUAAGUAAUUAAAUAUUCAU